AUGGACGGAAACCGUGCGCCUCCGCAAGGCGGCGUGAUUGAGGGGGCCAAUCCUUCCAAGUACAAUCCAGCAGAUCCAAUCAUCCUUUUCAUCAUUCAAGCCAGUUUAAUCAUCAUCGUUUGUCAUGCCUUGCACUGGCCCUUGGCCAAGAUUCGACAGCCGCGCGUCAUUGCCGAAGUCGUUGGCGGCAUCAUUCUUGGGCCGUCGGUCAUGGGGCGUGUACCGGGAUUCCAGCAAUCAAUAUUUCCCAAAGAAUCUAUUCCGAAUCUUUCCUUGGUCGCUAAUCUCGGCCUGAUUCUAUACCUUUUCCUCAUCGGCAUGGAGACUGAUGUCGGCUUUCUUGUGACAAAUUGGCGCGUCGCAACUUCGGUAGCGUUUGCGGGCCUUGCUCUGCCCUUUGCAGUUGGCUGUGGUCUAGCCUGGGGAGUUUAUCAUGCAUUUCGCGAUGACUCUGGGCUUGCUCCCAUCAGCUUCAGCACCUACAUGCUCUUCAUUGGAAUUGCUAUUGCCAUCACAGCUUUCCCCGUUCUGUGUCGAAUCCUCUCCGAACUCAAACUUCUGGAUACCUCAGUUGGUGUAAUCACUUUGUCCGCAGGCGUUGCCAACGAUGUCGUUGGCUGGGUGCUGCUUGCGUUGUGUGUCACACUAGUCAAUGCCGGCAAGGGCCUGACUGCGCUUUGGAUCCUUCUAUCCUGCCUUGGCUUUCUUCUCCUCCUCGUCUAUAUUAUCAGACCUGCUCUCGUUUGGCUUCUUCGCCGAACAGAUAGCCUGCAGAGUGGCCCAUCUCAGGGUAUUGUGUCCUUGAUUAUGCUGUUAGCACUGGCGGCCUCCUUCUUUACUGGCAUCAUUGGCGUGCACCCGAUUUUUGGUGCAUUCAUGGUUGGCCUGAUAGUUCCACGGGAAGGUCGAUUCAACAUCAAGGUCACCGAAAAAAUGGAAGACCUCAUCGGCGCUCUACUACUGCCGCUCUAUUUUACGCUUUCCGGUCUCAAAACAAAUCUUGGACUACUGAACAGCGGUCUAGCCUGGGGAUAUGUCUUUGCGACAACCAUUGUCGCCUUCCUGACAAAGAUUAUCGGUGCUUCCUUUGCUGCGCGAUUGAAUGGCCUCGUGUGGCGCGAGUCGCUGACCAUUGGUGUUUUGAUGAGUUGCAAGGGUCUCGUCGAGUUGAUCGUACUGAACAUUGGUCUCCAAGCCAAUAUUCUCAGCACUCGAACCUUUACCAUCUUUGUUGUCAUGGCGCUUUUGACAACCUUUGCCACAACGCCGCUUGUGUCGUGGCUAUAUCCGCCUUGGUACCAGAAGAAGAUGGAGCUCUGGCGACGUGGUGAAAUAGACUGGGAUACUGGGGCUCUUAUUCACCCCCCAAGCGAUGGCGCACACUCAAGUGCUACGCGAGAGAAUACCGUGACUCGCGUCCUCGUAUAUCUGCGUCUGGACACUAUGCCGAGGCUUCUGAAGCUUGUGUCGCUCUUUGGAGAUUCUGACAAAUUGUUGAAUCAAGAGACAGAGUCAGAUAACGCUUGUCGAGGGCCAGUCCGUGCCCAUGGGCUCAGGCUACUCCAGCUGACUGAUCGUGACUCGUCUGUCAUGACUGUUUCUCAGGUGGAUAGCUACAGUCGUAACGAUCCUGUUGUGAAUAUCUUUCAAACUGCGACACAGUCGAAUUACUUGGCUGUAUCUGGAGAAGUUGCCAUCAUGCCCGAGCACCGAUUCUCACAAGCACUCCUCCUGAAGGCGACGGCCAUGUCCGCUAGCCUACUUCUUGUUCCCUGGAGCGAGACGGGAAAUAUCGGAGACUCGCAGAUCCUUUCAUCUUCUGCACAGGCUGACAAAUUAGCUUCGCCAUACACUGCUUUCGCGUCGUCCAUACUGGACAAUAAUGAGCAUAACAUUGCUGUGUUUUUCACUAGAAGUGAUCACACCAGCUCCAAAGACGGUGUAACUGAAGAACAGGGCAAGCUUAUCCGCCAAUAUUCCUUUGCCAAAACGACAAGUGACUUCCCAGUUGCUGCGGUGUCUCGCCAGCCAUACCACAUAUUCAUGAUCUACAUUGGAGGUGCCGAUGAUGAUUUUGCUCUUCGUCUCGUCUUGCAGCUCUGUCAGGGAUCGCAGGCGACUGCUACUAUUUUGAAGGCCAAGGAAGCAGAUGCGCAAAACUCCAACUCAUCCAAAACAGGCGCAGCCAGCUUUCUAGACGAGAUGAGCGAGGAAUUGUCCACCAGGGUUCAGAUUGAGCAGGUGCAGGGCCCCUGCACCGUGGAAGAUUUCAUCCACCACGCAUCUACUAAUGCCGACAUCGCGCCACACGGAAACAAGUCUAGCCUUAUUGUUGUCGGACGACAUGCCAAAGACAAAUUGGACGAAGGAAAGUUGAAGCACGCCCCGGCGAGUGAGACUGUACAUUGCUUGGGAGUUCUUGCCUCGCAGAUUGUUGAGGAGUUUGCCGAAGCAGAUGUGUUGAUCGUUCAGGCAGUGCAAGCUGCAGAUGAUACGGCGCCUUUAUGA